AAUUACAAAACAUAGAACUUGAUAAGGAGUUACGCAAUUCUAAUGCGCAGUGUGCAGGUCAAAAAUGAUAUUCAGAUUCAGCGAAGUAUGAGUAAUUUCAAUUAUAUUCGGGAUUACCUGAAUACACCUAAAGAGGUGCCAGUUAUUAACAAUUGACUAUUGUCUGAUACAGCGACCUUGUCAGUAGAAAAGAGAUUACUCUAUCGGAAAAUGUAACCCGCUUUCAAAUUUGAUUUGGAUCUUUAAUAAACCUUUAUAUACUUAGAAAAGUGAAAAAAAAAAUUAAAAGUAUUUGAGAGUGCUCCUCGCUCAGAAAAUAUAAAUUUAAGCGCCUUUUUACUAGAAGAUUCGGUGUGUUGCAGUGUAUUUUAUGACAAGCUAUGAAAAUGAUUAUACUGAAACGCACCCAACGUUUUUUUGUAUUUGACGAAUUACAACUUCCUUAAUUUUUGAUUAUUAUGUAGAUCAACAUGGAUGAAUGUCAUGAGAUUUCCUACCACUGGCUGUAUGUUAACAUUCUUUUGCCUAAUCUUCCCGAUAUCGAAAAAAAACUAAACUGUCAAGUUGACAUAUUUUGUAACCUCAAAAUAUUUUAGCAAACAAAACAAACUUUACUUCGUUGGAAAAUUAAAUAUUAUGAAGUAGUUUUAAUUAACAUUGGUUAAUAUUAUAAGAUAAUGGCUAAUAACAUUGUGGAUAAAGGUAAACAGAUAAAGAACAUUCCCAACGGAAUAUCAAAAUCUUGCGUACUUCACGUAUCAGAAAACUUGCAAAACACAGCAGAAAUAGACUUCAGCCAAAAACACCUGAAGGAUAUUGCUGAAAUCAGAGAAACUACAGAUAAAAAUGAAGUACAAGAAACAAAGGGAAUUCCUAAUGGGAUAUCAAAUUUUGAUAUGCAUAUAGAAAACUUUCAAAACAUUACAGAAAUCGAUUUUAGCAAUAAGAACCUUGAAAAAAUCGAUGAGGGUACAAUUUUUCCACCAUGUUUACGCUGCCUAAAUUUGUCGCACAAUAAACUUGUUGAGGUUCCAAAGACUGUUAUGAAACAUGAAAAAAUGCAAGUAUUCGAUAUUUCUCACAACAAACUACAGUAUUUCAACGAAACUCCAAGCUUCUGUAAUGACAUAGAAAAUCUCAAUUUAUCCAGCAACGACUUGAGGUGCCCUCCGCUUUGGAUAUGGUUGGAAUGUCCUAGAAACCUGUGUAGAUUAGAUAUUAGUUGUAAUAUACACAUAGCAGAAUUCUUAAAUGGAUAUGUUGACGAGCUUCUGCAAUAUAACACUCAGCUAACACAUGUGGCAUUGUAUAAUUGUAGGUUAGGCAAGUACUUAAGAUUCCUUGGCACUUUCCCAAAUGCAAAAGAGCUUGUCCUUGGAACUCCAGACUGGAGCUGUUAUGCUGCAAAUCACCUGCAGGAGCUGCCAUGCCAAGGGCUCAACCAAUGCUGUGAUAGUCAAAGACUAAUCUUAACUAACACACAUAUAUACACCAUUACUCCCCAGAUAAGCAUGUUUAAAAAUUUAAUAGAAAUAAAUUUGUCACAAAACAACCUUAACGGGUUACCUGCAGAAUUUUGUGAAUUAGAAAAUCUGGAGAUCUGUAUAUUGUCUUUUAACAGCAUACUGUAUGUACCUGAUAAUAUAGUCAAGUUAAAAAAGUUGACCAUCCUGUGCCUGGCAGUCAAUGAACUUUGCAUGAUACCUGAGAACAUAAUGGAGCUUACCAGCUUGAAGGUCCUGGAUCUGUAUGACAACAAUAUAUGGGUGUAUCCUUCAGACAUUAAAAACAUACCAGAGCUUGAUUUGGCACAAAACUACUUUGAAGAGCCUGAUGAUGAAGAUUAUUUAGAAAAGAGAGAGAAAUUGAGACUUCAUAACUCCGAUCGAUUAAGCGGGAGAAAACUUGAAGUAGAAAAGCCUGAGAGUGAACAUUCUCCAGACACAACUGAUGAUGAAGAAAUAAUCAGAAGUAUUAAUGAAAAGAGUAGCUCAGAUGGAGAACCACAAAACGCACCACCAAGCUCUCCUGAAGACUGGGACUCUGAUUCCUACUGGGAGCCAUGCAAUGUGGAGUACCAGCGCCCAAAAGGCAAGCCCUACUGGAUAUCCUUCGUGAAGAAAGCCAUGGACAAUGGUAACCUGUGCCCUUCUGAUCACCACACGCCACCGGUGAUGUGCCAUCCACCACAGCAGUAUGAGUCCGAUGGACAGUUUGAUGAUUAUUCUGAGGAUGAUAGUUGAUCUUAUAAAUUGGUCCUUAUUUCACUACAUUUAGCUUUAUAAUUCCUUUCUGUUUGGGAAUGAUAUUGUGUAAUAAUUUAUUCUAGUGCAAUUUUUGCCUUAUUUCAUAUGCAAAAAGCUUAUUUUCGUGUGUUAGUUUACUAAUAAUAUGCAUCUACAUCUUAGAUAGGACAGUUAACAAAUUUACAGUAUAAAAUCUCUUUAGAUCUAAUCAGAAUACAUAGUUACUAAAAUGUUUGAUACUCAAUGUACCUACAGUCCUACACCUACUAGUAAAAAGUGAUGAAAAUAUAAUAUCUUUACAACAUAGUCGACCUCCACAGAACAAUAAUGGGUAUAUAUUAUUUAUUAAGCAUGAAACUUGUACAAAUAUACACACACCAGGGGCCUAUUGCAUAACAAUUUACAACUUGUAUUACAAGUGGAACUCUCUUUCUUAUAAAAUGAAUUGGAGAGGGACUACCGCUUGUAAUAUGAGUUGUAACUUGUUAUGCAAUAGGCCCCA